AUCAUCAAAAAAUAAGUGCAUUAAAAAAUUUGGGUGAAUCUUGCAAGUUUUCUGUGAAAAUCAAGAUCCUGAAUAAGAGGAUUGAAAUACUGAGAGCAGAUUUCAAAGAACUGGCUAUGCAUAUAGAGUGAUAACGGGAAACAAGAACACUGUACCAAAAGUCUUGUUAAAGUUGAGAUGGAGGUGGAUGCAGACGAGAAGCGCCAUCGCACACGCUCCAAAGGUGUUCGAGUUCCCGUGGAACCAGCCAUACAAGAGCUGUUCAGCUGUCCCACGCCUGGCUGUGAUGGCAGUGGUCAUGUUAGUGGCAAAUAUGCAAGGCACAGAAGUGUUUAUGGCUGUCCUUUGGCAAAAAAACGAAAAACGCAAGAUAAGCAACCCCAAGAACCAGCUCCCAAAAGAAAACCUUUUGUGGUUAAAGCAGACAACUCUUCAGUAGAUGAGUGUUAUGAAACUGAUGGAACAGAGGAGAUGGAUGAAAAGGAAGAAGAAGAGGAAGAAGAGGAUGAAGAAGAGGAGGAAUAUUCUGAUGACAAUGAUGAUCAAGGUGAUGAGGAGGAGGAGGAUGAGGAGAUAGAUCGAGAAGAAGAAGAGGAGAUUGAAGAGGAAGAAGAGGAGGACGAAGAGGAAGGUGAAGAUGUGGAGGAUGAAGAGGAGGAGGAGGAAGAGGAGGAGGAGGAAGAGGAGGAGGAGGAAGAACGUGAAGACCAUCAAAUGAAUUGUCACAAUACUCGAAUAAUGCAAGACACAGAAAAAGACGAUAACAAUAAUGAUGAGUAUGAUAAUUACGAUGAACUGGUGGCCAAGUCAUUGUUAAAUCUUGGCAAAAUUGCUGAGGAUGCAGCAUACAGAGCCAGGACAGAAUCAGAAAUGAACAGCAAUACAUCUAAUAGUCUGGAAGAUGAUAGUGACAAAAAUGAAAAUAUUGGUCGGAAAAGUGAGCUGAGUUUAGACUUAGACAGUGAUGUUGUUAGGGAAACAGUGGACUCCCUUAAAUUACUAGCACAAGGACACGGUGUAGUGCUAUCAGAAAACAUUAAUGAUAGAAAUUAUGCAGACAAUACUUCACAGCAAGAUAAUAGGAAUAUGAACUUUGUAAUGUUAGGGAAGCCUGUGAACAAUGGACUUACGGAAAAAAUGGUGGAGGAGAGUGAUGAAGAGGUGUGUCUCAGCAGUUUGGAGUGCUUAAGGAACCAGUGUUUUGAUCUGGCUAGGAAACUCAGUGAGACAAACCCACAGGAAAGAAAUCAACAGCAAAACAUGAACACUCGUCAGCAUGUCAGGCAAGAAGAUGACUUCCAAGGAAGAACACCAGACCGGAAUUACUCUGAUAUGAUGAACCUAAUGAGGCUUGAAGAACAGUUGAGCCCCAGAUCUAGGACUUUUUCUAGCUGUGCAAAGGAGGAUGGUUGUCACGAAAGAGACGAUGAUACCACCUCUGUUACUUCAGAUAGGUCUGAAGAAGUGUUUGAUAUGACAAAAGGUAACUUAACCCUGCUUGAGAAAGCAAUUGCUUUGGAAACUGAGAGAGCAAAAGCCAUGAGAGAAAAAAUGGCAGUGGAAGCUGGAAGGAGGGAUAAUAUGAGAUCAUUUGAGGAACAAUCUCCAAGACAACUUUCUGGGGAUGACAGGAAGCCUAAACCCAGUGACGGCCAUGUCAAAAAGCCAUAUUAUGGUAAAGAUCCCUCAAGAACAGAAAAGAAAGAGAGCAAAUGUCCUACCCCUGGGUGUGAUGGAACUGGCCAUGUAACGGGGCUUUACCCCCAUCACCGCAGUUUGUCAGGAUGCCCACACAAAGAUAGGGUCCCUCCAGAAAUUCUUGCCAUGCAUGAAAAUGUUCUUAAGUGUCCUACACCAGGCUGCACAGGCCGGGGCCACGUAAAUAGCAACAGGAAUUCCCACCGAAGCCUCUCUGGAUGUCCUAUUGCUGCAGCAGAGAAACUGGCUAAAGCUCAAGAGAAGCAUCAGAACUGUGAUGUGUCAAAAUCAAACCAGGCAUCAGAUCGGGUUUUAAGGCCCAUGUGCUUUGUUAAGCAAUUGGAGAUCCCUCAGUAUGGCUACAGAAACAAUGUCCCCACCACCACACCCCGCUCCAACUUGGCCAAGGAACUAGAGAAAUACUCUAAGACUACGUUUGAAUAUAACAGUUAUGACAACCAUGCCUAUGGCAAGAGAGCCAUAGCUCCCAAGGUGCAAUCCAGGGAUAUAUCCCCCAAAGGAUAUGAUGCUAAACGUUACUGUAAGAAUUCAAGUCCAACCAGCAGCACAACAAGCAGUUAUGCCCCUAGCAGCAGCAGCAAUAUGAGCUGUGGUGGAGGCAGCAGUGCCAGCAGUACCUGCAGCAAGAGCAGCUUUGACUACACUCAUGACAUGGAGGCAGCGCACAUGGCUGCUACUGCUAUUCUGAAUCUCUCCACCCGCUGCAGGGAGAUGCCUCAGAACCUCUCCACUAAGCCUCAGGAUCUCUGUGCAAGGAAUCCUGAUAUGGAAGUCGAUGAAAAUGGGACCUUGGACCUGAGUAUGAACAAGCAGAGGCAGCGAGACGGUUGCUGUACCAUUUUGACACCACUGGAACCAAUGUCCCCACAACGACAAGCUGUGAUGAACAACCGCUGUUACCAACUGAAUGAGGGUGACUGCUGGGACUUACCAGUGGACUACACUAAAAUGAAGCCCAGUAGGAUAGACGAAGAUGAUUCCAAAGAGAUUAAUCCAGAAGAUUUGGAUCCUUUCCAAGAGGCACUUGAAGAGAGAAGGUAUCCUGGUGAAGUAACAAUCCCAAGUCCUAAACCCAAAUACCCUCAAUGCAAAGAGAGCAAAAAGGAUUUAAUAACUUUGUCUGGCUGUCCCUUGGCUGACAAAAGCAUUCGAAGUAUGCUGGCCACAAGCUCACAAGAACUCAAGUGUCCAACUCCUGGGUGUGAUGGCUCCGGACAUAUUACUGGAAAUUAUGCUUCACAUCGAAGUCUUUCAGGCUGUCCACGAGCAAAGAAGAGUGGGAUCAGGAUAGCACAAAGCAAGGAAGACAAAGAAGACCAAGAGCCAAUUAGAUGUCCAGUUCCUGGUUGUGAUGGUCAGGGUCAUAUAACUGGAAAAUAUGCAUCCCAUCGCAGUGCAUCAGGGUGUCCUCUAGCUGCCAAAAGGCAAAAGGAUGGGUACCUAAAUGGCUCACAGUUCUCUUGGAAGUCAGUGAAGACGGAAGGAAUGUCAUGUCCAACCCCAGGAUGCGAUGGCUCAGGACAUGUCAGUGGUAGUUUUCUUACUCAUCGUAGUUUAUCAGGAUGUCCCAGAGCUACUUCAGCAAUGAAGAAGGCAAAGCUGUCUGGAGAACAAAUGCUAACAAUAAAGCAGCGGGCCAGUAAUGGUAUAGAAAAUGAUGAAGAGAUUAAACAGUUAGAUGAAGAAAUCAAAGAACUAAAUGAAUCCAACUCCCAGAUGGAAGCUGACAUGAUUAAACUCAGAACUCAGAUUACCACAAUGGAGAGCAACCUGAAGACGAUAGAAGAGGAGAACAAAGUAAUUGAACAGCAAAAUGAGUCUCUUCUUCAUGAGUUGGCCAAUUUAAGCCAGUCUUUAAUUCAUAGUCUAGCUAAUAUCCAGCUGCCACAUAUGGAACCAAUCAAUGAACAAAAUUUUGAUGCUUACGUGACCACUUUGACGGACAUGUAUACAAAUCAAGAUCGUUAUCAGAGUCCAGAAAAUAAAGCCCUACUGGAAAAUAUAAAGCAGGCUGUGAGAGGAAUUCAGGUCUGAACAGCUGCUAUAGUGGUGAAAGUCUUGCUUAAAAAAGGAUGCCUCUUGUUUUUUGCUGCUGUAAUUUACCAGAAAGUGUUAUAUAUUUAUUUCUGUUUGAAACAGUGUUAUGCUUACAAGACUUCAUAAUGAUUUUAUGUCUUGCUUUAAAGAUAGUAACUGCAGAAUAGUUUUUUGAAUACAUUCACAUUUUGUACGUUUUCAUAUAAGCUGACAUAGUGUGAUAUGCCAUGUAAUGUUUAUAGCUGCUAAUGUAUGCACAUUUUUGGGGUAUAUAUAUUUCUGAAGAGGUAAGCUGAUCAAAAUAAAUAGAGUGUAAAUUCUUUUUAAUGCUUUAGUGAUUAAAUGUUUUAGUAUUUUGAACUGAAAUGGACAAAAAAAACAAACAGCUUUGAAUGACAAUGUUGCGGUCUGCAGCCACUUUUUAAACACUAUCAUUUUGCCUCAUGUUGGAGGAUUUUAUGGGAUUUAAGAAAUACAUUUUGUGUGCAUAUUGUUUCAUAGCAAGAAUUGGUUGCAAAAAUGCUUUAUUUUUGAACAAUGCUUGAAAAUAUUAUGUGACUUUUGUUUUUGGAGGAUGGUGUGUGGUGGGGGCAAUAAAAUGAGGUUUUUUGAAUUCCAAGAAAAUGGCAUGGAUUAGAUGUAAGAUACAAAAUGGGUAAUUUAUUGUAAGACAACAUCAAGCCAUGGAAACUUGACAGAAGAUUCAAAGCAGCUUAAACAGCACUUUUUAAUUAACUUCUAAGCAUUACAUGGUAUGAAUAUGGGAACUUCCAUUAUGAAAAGAACUAUAUCAGGGGUGGACAACGUGAAGAUUUCAGCUUUUAUUUUCAAAUAAACUUUGGAGCCAACAUUCUCUUACCUCUGCUGGACUGCUAGUGCCCCUCUGAAUUAUCUGUUAUAGCAAUGUAGUUCAUCUUUCAGAAAUUCUGUAUUCCCAAUUCAAGAUGGAGGACAAUAUUUUAAAAUUAAUAUUGCCUUUUCACAUCUUUAGUUUUGGGAUAAACACAAAUGAUCUGCUUCUGUUGAAGUUACUGAACUGCAUUCUCUGCUCUCUCUAGUAGGAAUGCAGCUCAGUAAAGAUUUUUCCUUUUGUUUGGCCAAGCAUUUGAUCCCAUUUUUAAUAUUUCAACAUUUAUGUUUUGCUUUUAGUUGGAGAACAAUCGUUACUGCAGCAUUCACAUACGCUUUGUAUUUGUUCUACUAUUACCUAUUGCAAAAAUGAAUGCAAUCAAAUUUUUAAUGUAACUAAAUAUAC